AUGAACGAUCGAGGAGAAAAAGAAAAAAAAAGAGAAAGAUUUGUCCGCUCGUACGAAGGUAGCGUAUACACAAAAACUGUCAUUUCUUUCCGUACCAAUGUGUCUGUCCGUCUGUCUAUCUAUCUAUCUAUGGCUUUAAAAACAAAAUGCAUCUCAAUCUAUCAAUGUUUGCUAGUUUCUAUCUAUCUAUCUAUCUAUCUCUAUCUAUCUAUCUAUCUAUCUAUCUAUCUAUCUAAUUGUUCUGUAUAUCUAUCUAUCUAUCUAUCUAUCUAUCUAUCUAUCUAUCUAUCUAUCUAUCUAUCUAUCUUCUUCUAUGACAGUCAUUUCAUAUCUAUCUAUCUAUCUAUCUAUCUAUCUAAUUAUGACAGUCAUUUAAUAUCUAUCUAUCUUCGUAUAACACGCAUAUAUGUGAGUUUAUAUUUAUUUAUUAAUCGAAUCUAUCUAUCUAUCUAUCUAUCUAUCUAUCUAUCUAUCUAUCUAUCUCUCUAUCUAUCUAUCUAUCUAUAUACAUACUUUUAA